GAAAUUGGUAUAAAUCGUGAUAAAUUUUUUUUUUUAAUAAUUAUGAUUGAUUUAUAUUGGAAUGGCAAUGAUAACUCCCAAUGAAGCACAAAGGGUAUUUUACUCAUAAAUGGGGUAACAAUUCAUGGUUGCUAUCUUUUUCCUGUUUUGACAGCACUUAUUUGUUUAUAUUUGAAUUUAGUGAUGACCCAACUAACUUAUAGAUCAUAUAGUUUUUUCUCCCCUCUAUCUCGCAUGACCCAUAAACCCACAACCCUUUUCAGUUUUCCAGUGCCAAAACCAUUUCUUUGUUGUUUCUUUGUUGUUUCUUUGUUGCUUCUCUGCUUUUUUGUUCUCUUGAAUUCUGGCCAGAGAUGGAGGAAGAAGCCAUAAGGGUUCUGGGUUGGAAAGUAGGGAGAGAUUUCACAACCCUAUGUGCAACAAUGUUUCCUGGAUUGGCUUCUCUCAUCAUGGUGGUUUUGUUCCUGUGGACCAUUUGGUCUGAAUGUGAAGCUGCAGAGAAGGCAAGCAUAAACAGUGGGUAUAGCAAUUGGGGUUUCUGUAUUGGAGUCUUAACCCUAGUACUUGGUUUCUUGUUUUUGGCCGCUGGGCUUCCUUUACUCGCAGACUUGGUUAUGAAAUUGUUGGAGCAAUUGCAGAACCAUGAGGAGAGCAGAAAACAUCAAGGAGGGAAGUUGAAGACAAUAUGUAUCAUUAGCCGCCUAGCUAUGAGCGUCAUUGCAAUGUUCAUGCUAGCAUGGGCCAUUAACACUGGAAUAAGGCUUGCAAGUGAACCUAGAAGAGAAGGCAAAUAUUAUCCUCUAGCAUCCCCAGUUGGUGUUGUUACUAUUAUGUUUGGCUUCACUUAUUCUAUCAUUGGACUCUGUGUAAUUGCAGAGCUAGCACUAGAAUUGAUAAAGCAGUUGCAAAGUACAGAGAAAGAAGAAUUAGUUAAUCAUCAAGUUGGCAAAAUAGAUGUCAAAUUUUUUGUUUGACAUUGCUACAAUACAUCAUACUACGUGCAAAUAUCAUGCUCUUGCUGAUCAGUAAGUAGAUUUAGUUCAUUUCAACCACAAGAGAAGAAAAGGUUUUUGGUUCAGAUGCUCUAUUGGCUUGUCAUUUCAUUCAUUUUCCCACCAAUUUAUGACCAUUCAGCAAUCUGUAAUCGAUAUUCAGAACAUGUAGGUUGGCUCUAAGGUUUUGCCCUCCAUGUUUAGAAGACUCACAAUGAUGUGCUUUCUAUUUGAUUCCAGAUUUGUUUGAAAGUAACCAUCUGAGACCAGUGAAAUAAAGUCUGACCAUGGGGAAAAACAAUAAGUCAACCAACCAACAUCACAUGCCUCAAAUAGCAACAUUUAUCUAGCUAGUUGACUCAACGAUCAGGGAUAAUAUCAAGCCAACUAAGCCCUUCUACAACUAUUAUCAUCCGCAGCACAUCCUAAGACUAUUUCGCAUUCCUUAGGCAUGCGGCUAGUGCUACGUGAUGAACCACCAAGUGUUUUCACCCCGCUCACAAACUGCACAUCAUAAAGGCCUCUCUCCCUAUUCAUAAAGCACUUCGAAAAUAAUAGUUGGUGUCCAUCAAUCAGUCUAUGCUCAAGUGUACUUGUACCUAGUUCUCUAGUCUUAAUCUUUCCACCAAUCUGUCUAUCUGGUAAUUUUGUUCAAACAUAUAUCUUCGAUUGUGAA